CCAUAGACCCCGCGUGGCCUCUCGUAUUCUGCACAACACCCCUCCUCUUGGCACCUUUCUUUGUUGAAAGCACCACAAUGACACAAGGAACAAUCUCCCCCAUCCCGGCCAGCGCUGAGUACUACGACUUGGGCUCGUUUGCCCAUACUAUCACCACCAACAGCCCCGACACCCAGACCUGGUUCAACCGAGGUCUAACAUGGGUGUACGCAUUCAACCAUGUAGAAGGAGCCUACUGUUUUGAGCAGGCAAUUGCACAUGAUCCCACAUGCGCGAUGGCAUACUGGGGUCUCGCCUAUGCGGUAGGCCCCAACUACAACAAGCCGUGGGAAAAGUUCGAUCCGAAAGACCUGUACGCCUGUGUCCAACGAGGCUACGAUGCCGCCCAAAAGGCAAAGGAGUACGCAGCCACCGCGACUCCCCUCGAACAGGCUUUGAUUGGAGCAAUUCAGUUCCGGUUUCUCACCAACCACCCGGCGGAGAAUUACCCGGCCCUCAAUAAAGGCUACGCUGCCGCCAUGAAGCCGGUCUACGACGCCUUUGGCCAUGACCUGGACGUGGCCGCCCUGUAUGCUGACGCCUUGAUGAACAUGACCCCAUGGGCCUUGUGGGAUCUGUUCACCUGCAAGCCGAACCCCAAAGCCCCCACCAUGGAGGUGAAAGCCGUGUUGGAACGAGCGCUCGCGCAGGAGCAGGACGGUGCCCUCAAACACCCCGGUCUACUCCACCUAUACAUUCACUUUAUUGAGAUGUCACCUACCCCCGAGCUGGGCAUCAAUGCAGCUGAUCACCUGCGCAACCUCGUCCCAGCCGCCGGUCAUAUCCACCACAUGCCCACCCACUUGGAUAUCCUCAUCGGUGACUGGCGCCGGUCUAUUGCCUCCAACUACAACUCGACCGUGGCCGAUGACAGGUACUUUCAAAAAGCCGGAGCGGCCAACUUCUAUACCUUCUACCGCAUGCACGACUAUCACUCGUUGGUCUACGCAGCCAUGUUCGCCGGUCAAUCCAAGACCGCCCUGGACGCAGUCACUCGCAUGGAAGCCACACUGCCCGAUGAGGUCAUGCGGAUCCAGUCUCCGCCUAUGGCUGACUGGCUGGAACAGUUCGUCCCUAUCCGCUUGCAUGUGAUGGUGCGCUUCGGCAUGUGGGAGGAACUCAAACGCAAAGAGCUGCCCCACGAUCAGGAACUCUAUGCCGCCACCACCGCAGUCACCCACUAUGCCCGCGGCGUAGCCUUUGCCGCGACGGGGGACAUAGCCACCGCCAAAGAGGAAGAGAAGCUCUUCCACAAAGCAUGGGCUCGCGUCCCUACGACUCGUCGCGCUUACAACGGCAAAAUGGUCGACGUGCUUCAAGUCGCCGCAGCGAUGUUAGAGGGCGAGAUUGAAUAUCGCUGCGCCAACUACGACAAGGCUUUCGCGGCCAUUCGCCGUUCGAUCGAUAUCGAGGAUAAAUUGCCCUACAGUGAACCGUGGUCGUGGAUGCAGCCGACCCGUCACGCAUACGCGGCCCUUCUCAUGGAACAGGGCCAUCUAGAAGAAGCAGCACUGAUCUAUCGGGCGGACCUGGGUCUGGAUAGUACGCUUAUUCGUCCGCGUCGACACCCCAAUAAUGUCUGGUCGCUGCAGGGAUACCAUGAGUGUUUGGUUCGUUUAGGCAGGUUGGAAGAAGCGGCUGUGAUUGAGCAGCCAGUUAAGCUCGCCCUUGCGGUGGCGGAUAUUCCGAUCAAGGCGUCGUGUUUCUGUCGCUUGGAUACUUCUCAGGCGCCGCAGGUUUUGGACUCGUGCUGUUCUAAGGAAAAGAACUGCUAGGAUGGUUGAACUGGCUUGUGGCUUGAAUCGGGCGUACAAAAGCGUUCUCUUCGUCUUUGGCCUUUUCUGUAUAGUAUGGCUUGUCGCCUGCCUUUAUCAAAUUGGCCACCAUUUUCAUGUCAAUUAUCAUGAAUGCAAUUGGAUACUUGCUUGGGUCUAGCGUGCAUCCUCAAGCCCCCAAUCUAAAGAUCCGGACAAAAGGGCAACUCUAUACUAGUUAUACUUACA